GUACCAUCGAUUCUUGUCUGACUAUGAUGAGCUCUCCGGCUGGAUGAAUGAGAAAACUGCACUCAUCAAUGCUGAUGAAUUGCCAACAGAUGUGGCCAGUGGGGAAGCCCUAUUAGCCAGGCACCAGCAGCAUAAGCAUGAGAUCGACUCUUAUGACGACCGAUUUCAAUCGGCUGAUGCAACUGGUCAAGAAUUGCUGGACGGCAAUCACGAUGCUUCUGAUGAAAUUAAAGAAAAGAUGACAGCCCUUGCCAAUGCCUGGGCUGCUCUGCUGGAGCUGUGGGACAGGCGUCAGCAUCAGUACCAGCAGUGCUUGGAUUUUCACCUCUUCUCUCGAGACAGUGAGCAAGUGGACAGUUGGAUGAGCAGACAAGAGGCCUUCCUGGACAAUGAAGAUCUGGGAAACUCACUGGGCAGUGUUGAAGCCCUUCUUCAGAAGCAUGAUGACUUUGAAGAAGCCUUUACUGCCCAGGAAGAGAAGAUCAUA